AUGAGUAGGGCAAGGGUCGAUCCAGGAUUGGGGAGGGUGAGAAGAGGGGGGGAAUUGGAGGCUACGGAAGAGGAACAGGCUUUUGAAGGGUUGAGAAGAUCUCGCGAAGGAUCUUGUGAGGAGGGGACUUCCAGAGUCGCGUUUGUGAAAAAGGCAGUUGUGAAUGCAUCGCCAAGGUCCGCGGGGGAAGGGAAUAGACACGGUGGUUCCCAAAGCAGCUUGCUCAUUGACGAUGCAGUUGGCAGAGCCAGGAGCUCCGUUGCACGCGUUGAAGAGAGCCACAUUGCAGGAGAAGACAGCAUGGGAAAGGAUAGAACGGUCCCGAGAAGGCUGAACAUGCGGGAAUUGAAGCUGAGUAGCAGAAGGUGGAACGAAGAGGAGGAUAGCUUGCUCAUUGACUACGUAAAGGUGCCUUCUGCCUGGCCGCCGUUACCCCGGUCGAGUCCCCCGGCUGACGUCCACUUCUAUCCCGCAAGCAACAAGAGACCGGGGAUUGCAACUGGGUCUGAAGCCAAACGGUUCCGGUACGAGACUUGGACUCCGAGGACCAUGGCUUGGGUCAGAGGCGUGUCCAGCUCAGGGGAGACGGUUCUUGUUCCUGAAGGCCAGGCUCUGUACGCACCAGCCUUUCAGUAUGUCCAUACGGACGGCGCUUACGAGGCCUGGGGGCAGGAAAGACGGGCGCAGUAUGAGUCUUCGGGAGGAACUCCACUCAGCAUCAGGAACCUCCCUCCGAUCAGGACGCGCGUUCCAACAGGUGUAUCGAGCCCCCCGGCGGCACCUCUUCGCCGCGGCUUGGCGCGCUCUGUGAGCUCGCCUGGCAUCGACUUUCAUGACCUGCCGUACGCGCGCGCGCCCGAAGCAGGCUAUCAUCCACACGCGCUCUCUCGCGCGGCCAGCUAUGGCGCGCUCGUGCGCGCACCGGCUGCGGUCUACGAGACGCUCGCGCAUCCCCAAGCGGCCGGCUACGAUGAGGCGCUCGCGGACCCCUCUGCGGGCGGCUACGAGGCCCAUGCGCGCGCUUUUGCGGGCGGCCACGACCCGCUCGCGCGCGUGCCAAGUGAAAGCUCCAUCCAACUCUUCUCGUCCGCGCCUUCUGACCUUCCAGAACAUGAUAUGACACCGCGGCAGCUUUGGCUCGAACUCCGGAACCCCCCCGACGACCCGCCGCGCCAAGCCGCGGCCGGGUUAGACAGCGAAGCCGACAGAUUGGCUUUCCCGGGAGAGAUGGAUCUGGAGGAUGAGGGGACAGCAGCCGAAAUGGAGACGGGGGAUGAGGGGACUGCAGAACCGAUUGAGCCGCUGCAAGCAAAUUACCAGAACGGAGUUGAUCUCGUCUCGGCGCAUUUGAUCGACUCUCUGAGUUCGACGUAUCAGCAGUACGAGACCGGUUUGGAGACGCCUCUCAGCAAAGAGAGGGACCGAUUGCUCGCUUUAGAAUCGGUGGAAGCGCCGGGGCCGUGCCAGUCCGGCUGGGAGACGCAUUCUCUGGAGCAGGCGAUGGACGUCAGCCUCACCGAGCCGCCGGUCGAAUCACUCCACGCGUCGAACCUCGGCAGCUUGUUCCCGGCCCUGGACGCCUUCGACGUUAUCCCCUCCAGCGUCAAGAGCAGUCAGAGCCUCCCUCUCGCCGUACAGAGCCCCGUCUUUGGGUCCUUCGACGGAAAACCUGGAGUCAGCGGUGUAAAUACGCUUCCAAGUAUCCCCUUGGGAGAGGAAACGACCCCGCAGAUUUCCGGCCCCCUGAAAACGCGGGCGGAAACGGAAGAGGCAAACCGGGAGGGGGGGCGCAGAAACAGCAGUUCCCUGAGCUCGGAGGGGCCCUCCGAAACGGGGCUGGCAGGGACCUUUCAUGACAUCCUUCUCGAGGGACUUGAGGAGGAGAGCGAGAGGAAGGAGGGCGUUAUGGACGAAACGGUUCAAGACGUAACACUCCAGUUUGAAGGUAGUUCUGCGCACGUGACGUCCCCCGCCGCGCAUAACCCCGCCCUCGAGCUGCCCGUCUUCUGUGACUUCUUCAAAGAGGACCUCCCGAGCAUUGCCGGAUUGGAUGAGCUAGAAACCUGGCGCGACUCCCCGUUUGAGAAACCCGCCGUCAAGUGCGCCUCAGAUGGUUCUUGCGGGUCGUCUGCGCCUGUGCUUUAG